UGGGAAGACGGAGAACUGUGCAUGAACUCAAUGCUUACACCACUUCCCGGCCGUCAGUGGACUUUCCGAAAUUUGACACGAUGGAGAUAACCGCGGAGCCGUCGAAGAAAAUUCGAUAUUCCGUGUCGAUGGGAAUACCGGGCCUCGCGAGAAUCGAUUUGUCGCCGCUGACGCAGAAGAUCGUCGGCUGCAUCAUCGGCGAAGACGUCACCGCGGAAUAUCCGUGGGUGCACGUUAGGAAGGACGUCAUAGAGGACAAUAUAGAUUUGCACUCUGAAAGCAGCGAGUUCCUGCCGGUGAAGGACGAGAUUUACGCGUUCCCCGACAAGAAAAUUUUCAUCGGCUACGCGCCGUCCCUGGUCGAAGAGGCCCAAUUCUACAUCGUCCUCACCGAGGAGGGCAGAGACGCCGUGGUGAGACACAUACAGGAGCAAAGGACGGAGCAUGAGAAUCGCGUGAGAAACGCGAUCUACAAAUCUGCCGGCCAGUGGCGCGACUUGGGCGGCGGUGCCGAGGUCGACGCCGACGUCGUCAGGAACACGAGGCCGCUGUUCGAGAUUGAGAGGUGCCCCGCGUGGAGGGAGAUAUAUUGUAUGGCUCGCGCAAUACACUCCGCCGCCGUCGAUGAUGCACCACCGGGCCGAUCAUAUCUUUCGCAUUUAAUUACCUAUCAGGUCGUGUCUACCGCCGAUUUGCUGAACGUGCCGAUAAAUCUCGUGGACAGGAAGGCGGACGAUCAGAGGGACGGGUACAUCGCGCUGCUUCCGGAUGGCCGACAAAUAUUUGAGAAUGUACGGCGUAAAUUGGUAAGCAGGUAUACGCAAGUGACGCCGAUCGUACGGCACAACGAGGCGCAAACGGCGCCAUCGAUACCCGUCAAUUCCUGGUACCAAUAUCUGUACGAAUACGAGACAGUCGAUUUGUCUACUUACACCGAAGAGAAGAUAGAGUCCUUGAAGGAUUUCCUCGAGCGCUGCACCGACGAAAUGUGCGAUCAGGUUUUAAUGAACUCCACAUGGGAUAUAUAUACGAAUGAUUAUGCAAAUCUGGUGCGCAAUGAAAAGGACACGCAGGCACCGGUGCCAAUAGGCUACGAAGAGCAUCAGAGCUACUACGACGGAAAGAUCAUUGUGGAUAAAGUUAUCAACGAUCUCUGCUGGCAUCCGUUCUGGACCGGUACGGCGAUAGCUACUUACACGCAGCAUGCGAAGGGCGAGCAUCUAAUAGGUCCCAAAACUUACGACGAGGUGUUCUUAGCCUGCGAGGGCAACAAUCGAGUACUAAUAUGGUCCUUCACCGACUGUUUGUCACCUAAAUUAAUCCUCGAAUGUCCACGAGAAGUGACAUCCGUUUCUGUCUGCCCCAUCGAUAGUAGCAUCAUCAUAGGUGGCUGCAUAAAUGGCCAGAUCGCCAUCUGGCACAUUCCCGGCAAAAUCGAGCAGGUGGAGACGGUGGUGGCGCAGACAGGCGCCCAAGUGAGGUACAGCAUCGCGAUGAGGAGCUUGAUGACAUGGAUGCGCGAGACGACGGCAACGUCGUUGAUCAGCCCGACGGCGAUGUCCGCCCUGAAGUACAGCCAGAAGGCGGGCAUCACCCAGAUAGUUUGGGUGCCCUCGCAUCACCGGAUCGACAAAAACGGCCGGAUCUGGUCCCUGCCGGAAGAUGCGUCUCUGGACGACCUAAGUCGUCAGUUCGUAACCGCCAGCCAAGACGGCACAAUCGCCUUUUGGAAUCUUAAAUGGCAACCUUCGGACAAGGAUAUUCGGCAAGUUCGCAGCAGACGGAAGAAGAAGAUUCAUCCGGAUAUCCCGAGAUCCAUGACGCAGCCGGCGGCGUCGCCCCUCAAGAUCCUCGAUCGCGUCUUCAGGCCCGACUAUAUCCUCGUGAUUCAAUAUCCGGACGAGACCCGGCAGGUUGUGAUAACGACUCUCAGCAUGUACAAUCCAAAGUUUCGCAAGGAACAGGUCGAACCGUUCCUGGUGGCAAGGGACGAUCUCACAAUUCGAAAGUACUACAGGCCCAUAAUCGAGAGGGCGAACUACGUCAUGGAGCCGAAGAUACUCAUCGGUACCGUCGAGGGUAAGGCGCGGAAACUUGCGCGUAACGUUUUCUCUCGCGACUCAAUUUCCGUACCGGUUGACGUGCACGGCACGGACGCGAUUAUGGAACCCGAGUUUAUUAACUGUCAAUGCAAUUCAAAUGAGAGAGAGAUUAAACACACAAUUAAUUAUACUGGGGCAACAGGUGAUUUUGGCUGCAUAACGUGGACCGGCUACGAAUUCGCGACCGACGUGAGCGUGAAUCGCGAAACGGCGCGGUGGCUCUGGACGAAGAGGCUGCACGACGGACCGGUUACGCACGCGGUCCGAUCCAAUUAUUAUCACCAGGUGGUGGUCACGGUGGGCGGCAAGAUCUUCGCCGUGUGGCGGGACGAUUUCGGCGAGCCGCUCAUUUGGAAGAGGUCCAACCGCAGAUACACGGCGUGCUCGUGGGGAAUUAUACGUCCGACCAUUCUGAUCUUUACACGAAUGGACGGCACCGUAGAAAUUUGGGAUCUCAUAGUUAAGAGCCACGAGCCGUGCUACGUGCAGAGUCUGUCCGGACGGAUAAUUACAGGCGUCUACACGCACGAGCUGCCGCUGGAGCCGCAGUGUAUCGGAUUUUGCGACUUCAACGGCUCCUUAAGGAUGUUCAUGGCGCCGCGUGUCUUACUGACGUACGACGUCAGCGACGUCGAGUGGCUGAAAAAGUUCAUCGACCGACAGGUUCAAAGGGUGAGACAAAAAGGGGCGCGAGACGGCGAUAUAUCGAGAGCGAUAUCGAUUAAACGUCUAGACGAAGUAACCAAAAAUUUAUAUCUCGAAGGGCACACGCAUACACACGCACGCACACACAUGCGAGCGCGCAAUGUAUCUUUAUUAGAUGAAAGAAUAACUUACCGUAAAUUUCACCGCUCUGACGAUAAUAAAAAUUUCUUUCGUACUUUCUACCCCAUCCGUAUACGAUUGUCUAUUUCUACGUAUGAUCAGAUAAGCGAGUUUCAAGCCUGGCAGGAAACGUGGCGUGAGACAAAUCUCAAGGAUAUCGAAAUGAAGAAGAAGCUCGGUAAGAUGGAGGAGGAGAAGAAGAAGCGACUGGAAGCUGAGGAGAAGAUUAAGGCUGAAGCGGUCGAUGCGGCGGCUCGCGCGACUACACCUACAAGGCUCGCGCGUCGGAAGCCCUGGCAGUUCCUCGAGGAAGCCCGGGAACGGUGGAUGUCAAUGGAGGUAAAGCGCAUGCAACGACUGAUCCUGGAGAAAAAAGGACUGAGAAAGGACGUCCUCGAGAGGCAACGCGCGCCGGUUCUCAGGUUGCGGCAGGAGGCGAGGACAAAGAAGCGCAAGAUACGGGAGAUCCUGAGUCUGCAGGACAGGAUCUUUGAGGAAACCAUCGUGUUCCUCUUCCCGGAGCAGCGGGAGCGCAGAGAAACUUUGUUGCCGCCUUUACCGGCAGUCUCUGCGGCCGACAGACGCUUAACGAUCGAAGAGUUCAUUAGGAAGGAAACCGCUCUUCGAAAAGAAGACGUUUUUGCCGAUCCCGAGGAAGAAAUUAUAUACAAUUUUCUGGAAGUGCAAGCCGAGGCUCUGGCCAAAUUAGAGAGCACGCCUUUCGAACGCACGUUCGACUGGCGCAAAGUACUCGCGCAGGCGAAGUCGAGGGGAAGAUCGAUGGACAUCGAACUCAAGAAGUUAAACAGGCCGAGGAAGACGUGCAAAGUGGACGGUACUGUAAACGAUGCAUCACGUCUCGCCUGCAACGUAUAAAACAUGUACGAAGAUACAUCUCUAUUUUACAUUCUGAA